CGACGGAUUUGCCAAUGCGAAGUCCGAUCCCUCCUUGGGCUUGUCACAUAUAUAAAUGUAUCGUGAGCGAUGACUUACUAGAGUAUCAGCAACUUUUUCAUACCCUCGCUUCUCAUCUGAGUCAUCUCUCAUCAACGCUAAAAUGGCCAAAACAGUGUUAAUCACCGGUUGCAGCGAUGGAGGACUCGGAGCGGCCAUGGUCAGGGUCUAUCACGCCAAAGGCUUCCGGGUCUUCGCGGCGCUACGGAACCAGGCCAAAGCCGGAUCUCUGGCUGAGAUUGAGGGCAUAGAAAUAGUCCAACUUGAAGUCACCUCGGUCGAGUCGAUCCAACAAUGUGCCAAAAUUAUUGCGAAACAUACUGGAGGGUCUCUCGACAUCCUGGUGAACAACGCGGGUAUCAGUGCUAUCGUGCCGCUGCUCGACGCAUCCCUUGAUGACGCCAAAAGGGUAUACGACACCAAUGUCUGGAGCAUUGUUGCUAUGGCGCAGGCGUUCGCGCCAAUGCUCAUGAAGGCUAAAGGGACCAUGUGCAACCUUAGUUCGGUGUCUGGCGAAAUGGUUUUUGCAUGGGCGGGUGUCUACAGCAGUUCCCGCAGUGCCGGGACACGAAUCUCCGAGACUCUGCGUCUCGAGAUGGCGCCUUUAGGUGUGCGAGUGGUCACCGUUGUCCUCGGUGGUGUCCAGACCAGCGGAAACAACCCGGCCAAUAUACCAGACCUUCAGCUGCCUCCGGGCUCGUACUACCACAAAGUCAUAGCCGUCAUUGACCGGCAUAAGAAGACCAUGAACCAUCCCAACAAACAGAAUAUCGAAAUUGCAGCGAAGAACGUCGUGGAGGAUUUGCUCAGUGAGCGUGGCAACUUCAUUCGACGCGGACAGGCUUCAACUCUGAGUUGGUUCUGCAAUACAUUUCUUCCCUACAGAUUCUUUACUUGGAUGAUCAAUCGGGAGUCUGCUCUUGGGGAAAUUGGGUUUGUAAGUGCCUGAGGGAGGGUAAUUCGGAG